AUGCUAACACUCCUUCUUCGUAACAGUGUCGUCUGUAUACGACAAGGCAACUGUUCCAAUGUUGGAGGUGCGAUACGUCAAUUCCGAAUUACAAUUCGCCAAGAAGCACAGCUGCCAAACCUUUCGCCGUACGAUAUCAACUUAAUUUUGAGAGAAAACGAAUACAUCCAAACGUUUGCCGAAGAGGACAGUAUAGUACGUAGUUAUGAAUCCAAUCAAUUAAGUUCGAAUAAACCUUGUGAAGAUUCCCGAACCGAAGCUACAUUUUUACACAAAAAUGGUUUCAUAUGUGGAAUAUUUGACGGCCAUGGUGGACCCGCCUGCUCUCAAGUUAUUUCCAAACGCUUGUUGCGAUAUGUGGCGGCUGGGGCCAUCGACAGAGGAACACUGAAUGAAAUAAUAACCAAAGAUUACAACAGUCAAUCAUUUUUAAGAUGCCAUAAUGAUAAGGCGGAUUUCGUCUCCGAAAUAAAAAAUAUUUACGAAAAUAGCUUUAGGGAAUAUGUGCAAACUAUUUCUGGACAGGCAGCACAAGAUGUCGCAUUUGAAAUAAGUAACGCCUUUUUGCGAUUAGAUGAUGAUUUAUCAAAAGAAGCUUUAAUACACACAAAUAUGCGCACAAUGUCGGUCGCAAUGUCAGGUGCUGUGGCUUGUCUAGCUCAUAUUGAUCAGCUAAAUUUGCAUGUUGCCAGCACUGGUGAUUGCGGCGCAGUCUUGGGUAUACAAUGUCCUGAAACCGGACAGUGGCAAUCUAAAAAAUUGAACAACGAGCACAACGCCGACAAUCUUAAGGAAGUUCAACGCAUCCUAGAAGAGCAUCCCAAAGAGGAGCACGACACGGCCAUACGUAAUGAGCGUUUAUUGGGUCAAUUAGCACCUUUACGAGCCCUAGGAGACUUCCGUUACAAAUGGAGUAAUGAAAUAAUGGAUAAAUAUGUUGUACCUACUUUUGGGGAGCAUGCAGUGCCACCACAUUAUUACACACCACCUUAUCUAACGGCGCUACCAGAAGUACAGCAUCAUGUACUAGGACCCAGCGAUAAAUUUUUGGUUAUAGCUAGCGAUGGUUUGUGGGAUUUUUUAACACCAUCCCAAGUUGUAGGUCUCGUUGGCGAACAUUUAAAUUCCAAAAAGGUACUGGAACCUAUGAAGUUACCACCUGGCGAAGUCACAUUGCUUGACGUAUCCAAAUUGUUGGCAGAACGAAAAGCUGGACGCGCAAGGAAACCACUGGAUCAGAAUUCCGCAACACAUCUAAUACGCAAUGCUUUGGGGGGCACCGAUUACGGCAUUGAACAUUCGAAAAUAGCUUACUAUCUUUCGUUGCCGCAAGAUGUGGUGCGUUUGUAUCGAGAUGAUAUUACGAUUACAGUGAUCUAUUUUAAUACGGAAUAUAUAACAAAACUCAACGAAAAUACAUAGAGUAUACUGUGUAGAAGGCUGCAAACUAAACUUUACCUCAAUGCAGUCAGAUUAGCCGAAAAUCAUGCCAUUAUUCCGCCUUCAUAAUGAUAUGUACAUAUAUCAGUACAAUAUUUUAGUUGUGUGUAAAUAGAUAAUCAUAAUUAUUUAAUUACGUGUUAGAAUAAUUUGUUAAUGAUUGAAUAGAAGAAAGCCAUGUUCCUUGUACAUUUCUUUAUAUCGUAGUUUUUAGUCAUAAUUAUUGAAUAUCAUCACUACUAAUUUGCUCGCUGUUCGUUGUCGAAAGCUGACUUUUUAACAUAAAUUGUAAUAUGUUUUGCAAUUUUCAGAUUCAAUGUUUUAGUUCUUAAGUUCAAUUGUGAAUAUGGAGCGGUCCAGUUUUGGUUAUUAUUCAUCAAUAAUGGAUAUUCAUAUUUGAAACUACAAAUAAACAGAGAUCUAUUUAAAUUCACACAUA